AAGUUGGCAGUUCGUUCCGAAGUGUCAUUAAACAAAGAGGGGGGAAGUAAAUUUAUUAAGGUGGAACCACAAGUGAUAUACGAGAGCAAGAACAGCCAAUAAACGGUCAAUAAAAUAGAAAAAAAUAGAUUGGAUUCUUGUAAAAUCGUACCAUACACACGCAACGCGUACACAGUCUCAGACCGGAUAAAUAAGAGCACGAGAACAAUCUACAGGAUUCUUUUAUCAAAAAUUUGGUAAAAUGGAGCACCUAUUGGAAAAUCAAUUGCUCAACGCGGCACAGACAAUUGAAAAGCAGCUUGAUCAACAGUUGGAUCGUUUAGAUAACUUAGACUCGGACGAUCUUAAAGCAAUACGAGACCAACGAAUCCGUGAGAUGAAAGAUCUGAAUAACAAAAAGCAGGAGUGGAUUCGUAACGGUCAUGGCACGUAUACGGAGCUCGCCAAUGAAAAGGAGUUUUUUGAGGUGUCCAAGAAAUCCCCCAACAUUGUGUGUCACUUCUACAAAGACAGCACUGAACGAUGUCGCAUUGUCGACAUGCAUCUGAAAAUAAUAGCUGGCAAGCACGUCGAGGCCAAAUUCUGCAAGGUGAAUGCUGAAAAGUCGCCUUUCCUGACGCAACGAUUGCGCAUUAAGGUUAUCCCCACCAUUGCAUUGGUGAAGGAUAGCAAGACCAGGGACUUCAUUGUUGGAUUCACUGAUUUGGGCAACUGCGAUGACUUCUCAACAGAGAUGCUUGAGUGGCGCAUUGCGCAGUCAGGCGCCAUUGACUAUAAGGGCGACCUGAUGCAGCCACCAGAUGUUAAGAGAAAACCAUACAUAAAUCGGCCCCAAAAGACCAUACGAAGCGGCUAUGAUUCAGAUGAUUCCGACAUUGACCUGGAUGACUAACUGCAACCUACACCAUCACCACAAUCACUCAUAAAAUACUCCAGCUGCUUGGCACUUGGUUGCUCCUGAGAAACUCCACAAAAACACAAAUCAAAACUUAGCGCAUGGAUGUUAACCAAUUAGGCUACUUGAAUUAGCGUUAUUUAUUAACAUAUGUAAACAUAAUUGUAUUAUCCCGAUCAGGCCUUAAAUACUUCCUCUAAUGUCCUAUAGGGAAUCCCGUUCCUCUCUCACAUGCACAAUUACAUACAUAUGUAUUUAAAUGCAUUUAAAUACAUAUGUAUUUUAAAAAUAAUGCCCCAUUGUGCGAACCCUACGGUUAAUAUCCUAAGUUGGGAAGUUUAUCAUUAAGAGUUUGCAAAUAACUUGCACAAACUCGAAAUACCUGUCACGCAUAGAAAGCAUAUAAAGACAAAUUCAGGCAUAUAAUUCUUACAAAAUUAUAAACAAGUGCUUUUCCUAUUUUUAGAUAUAACAGACUAAUAUGUACAAGUUUUAUAUUUAUUUUUGUAAUUCUCAAGAACUUCAACAUGAAAGAAUUAUUAAAUUGCAUGUUCAUAAA